AUGGCUGCUGUAGCCUCAACGAGUGCUCAGCUCGGCUCGUGGCUCGAGGAGUCGCCCGUGGGCUCUCGGCUCGCGUCGACUUCACCCUCGCUUGGGGAACUCGACGCACGAGCAACGACAGACACGAACAGUGUCGAACCACUGCCUACCCUUUCGACCUUGCUGCUGUCGACGGCGAAGUCGCUCGUCGAGCGCACCGACGCGAUCAAGUCGGAGCCGUCGCGUGGCACCGGCCCGACCGCCUCCACCUCCGCGACAACGCUCAAACCACCGGGGGGAGUGUCACCUGUAGCGUCCUUUGCCAAGCCCACAGCAUCAUCAACAUCACCGCCGUUUGAUGCUCUCCAUCACAACCCCGUCGCGCUGCUCAGCGAUCCGUCGUCGAACGAGUACCUCGCGUCGCUGCUCGCGAUGCCACUGUCGACACUGCAGUCACUUCCAGCGACGCUCGCCGCACUGUCCAAGUCACUCGAUACCGAUCUAUCGUCUCUGGCGUUCACUCGCUACUCCGCGUUUCUGCUCACUCACUCGGCGACCCAGUCGAUCUCUCAAUCGUUCACCACGCUCGCGGAUUCGCUCACGGCGCUGCUCGAAAGCACCUCGGAACUCGAAGCCGCCGCGGCGACGUUCGAACAACGCGUCGACGAUGUCAGGAGGAAACGAGACCGUACGAGUCGUGUGCAGGAACGUAUCGACGAGGUGGAGGAGCUGCUCGAGGCACCUGCCGUCGUCGAGGCCUGCGUCCGCGCAGGCUAUUGGGGCGAGGCCAUCGACAUCGCCGCGAGGCUAUCGGAAUUGCACGUACGCCUCAAGGCCUCGAAAGAGUCCAAGCGAUACAAAUCUACUAAAGCUAAGGCUGUGCUGGUCAACGGGACCGCCCUCACUUCAACAGCGACAAGCGAUGGCGAUGGCGCGCUACGGCUGCUGCAAAGGGUCAGGGACGACGUCGCCAUCGCACUGCUAUCGCUGCGUGCCCGAGUCAUUGACUCGCUUCUCCAAAGAGGACUUAAACUGCCUGGUGCCGUGCGAGGGAUCGGCACACUGCGGCGGAUCGGGAGCAGAGCCAUGAGCGGUUCCGACCCCAAAGCUUAUAGCUCGGACGGACCGCAAGAGCUCGACGAGAAUGCACUGCGUGUCGUCUUCCUCGCUGCGCGGUGGCGAUGCUUACGCAGUGAACUCGAGGCGGUGGAAGGACAGAUGGCAGCAAGUGGGAUCAAGAUCGACGAUGCGGGAGGCGAGCCGCCAGAGGCCAUGCCGAAUCAGACGAGCGCCGAGGAGAACGAAGAACGCAUGAAGUGGACCCGGCAAUGGAUCGACGUAUGGCGAGAAGUCGUAGGCGAGACAUUGGGCAUGUACACCGACGUAUUCCUCUCUUCGUCAGUGCUUUCGAACCAGGCCGCCUCGAACGGAUCGGAAUCGACAUCGAACCCGCUUAAUUGCACGCUCCCCGCCGCUGCCUCGUUGGCCUUGUUCGCCACGUCCUCUCUGACCUCGCUAUCCGGCAUCUUGGCUCGCGCUAUCCCUUCCCUGACCUCAACCGCGUAUCUCGCAGGACUACUGACCCAGCUCUCCUACUGCUCGCACUCGUUCGCCCGAUACGGUCUCGAUUUCCGGGAGCUACAGCAACUUCGCGAGCGCAUCGAGGCACGCGUCGGACACAUCGUCGUACUCGAGUGGGAAGCCGCCGGGCGGGCAUGGGAGAAGGAGUGGCGAGAUGGAUGGGAGGGGACGGGCUCGCAUGCCAUAUCGCUUGCUCGACGAGCUUCUCUUCUGGGCGGACGAGCACCCAUGUCGGACUGGCUAGCGGUGCCCGAAGGCCUUACCCAGGUGUUCACCACGCCGAUGCCGCCUGCCUUACCCGCCGGUGUUGCGCCAUCGACGUUCCACCAUCAACCGCCACACGCGGUCGCGCUCCUCCCACCUCUGGCUCGCUUCCUUAACGCACACUCGAACGCACUCAACUCACUGCGGUUCCUCCCCCCUCUGGCGCUAUACCCGUCGUUGCGGGUCGCGCAAGCGCGCGAACUCGACCGAGCGACCCAAGUGCUUGCGGCCUUCACCGAUGCUUGGCUCGCUUCGUCCCAUGGUGCGGCUGCGUCCGGUCGCGACUCACUCGAUGGCGAAGACGACGAUGCGCACCUGUCGAAUGACGAACGCAAGAUCAAGGCGCUGCGCGCGGACGAGAAGCAGUUGAUCGUCACCUCCAUUGCCUGGUUCGGACGAUGGGUCGUGCCCUGGAUCGAAGGUAGUCUCGAUGUGGGCAUCUAUGGUGAAGUUACGGCGCAACGUAUCUUGCCCAAGGAGAAACGCGUCGCCGGUGUGGUCGAUGCGGUCAAGAGGACUGAGGGAUUGAUCGCUCGGAUCGAAGGGCGGCGACCCAUCCACGCCGAGCCGGAAGCGACGGUGCCUUAA